AGCAAACAGAGCAGCUCGAGAGUAGUGUGUUUUUUUUCAGCUGCAGCUUCAACAAUGGCUUUUCUAUUUCGAAAAUUUCAAGAGGGUGUGAAAAUUCUUGCAAAAAGUCCAACAUUUGCUAGGGAUCCAAGGAAGCUUCAAUUUGAAGCCGACAUGAAUCGUCUCUUUUUAUAUACUAGCUAUAAUCGUUUGGGAAGGGACGCUGAUGAGACAGAUGCUGAGGACAUUAUUAACAUGGCUAGUAAAGCCUCUCUUGCUGAUCAACAAAAACAAGUACAAGAAAACAUCCAUUCUCAAAUUGAAAAGUUCUGCAUUUCUAUGAAUCAAAUUCUUCUUCCCGAUACGUCGAAGGAAAGUGAGACAGUUGAGUCAUCUAAACAAUCAAAUUCUACAGCCCGCAGAAGUGGCCUCAGUUUUGCUGUUGGCAAGAGUGGCUCACCUGCUGACUAUCCUGUUGUACCUGAGACAAGGCCAUUAAGACGCGCUGAAGUAUCAAGGAGAUUAGAGGAUAUCAUUGGCUACACACUUCAUCUCAAACCAUCCCUGAUACCCCACAAGGAAGCUGGCCAAGGUUUAUUUUUAUCUGGUGUGGCUGAUGUUGGUACUGUAAUAGCCAUAUAUCCUGGUGUAAUAUACUCUCCUGCUUAUUACCGAUAUAUUCCUGGAUACCCAAGAGUUGAUGCACAAAACCCCUAUUUGAUCACUAGGUAUGACGGAACUGUGAUCAAUGCCCAACCUUGGGGUGCUGGGGGUGAAACCCGUGACUUGUGGGAUGGCUUGACACUUCCUGAAAUUAGAUCAACUAUGGAAGGGACCGAAAAAGGUUCAGACCGGAUGUGGAAACUGCUCAGUAAGCCUAUGAAAAGUACACAAGGGGGAAGUAGAACUGAGUUGUUGGAGAGGAGAAACCCAUUGGCUUUGGCUCAUUUUGCCAAUCAUCCGGCAAAGGGUAUGGUCCCAAAUGUGAUGGUUUGCCCUUAUGACUUCCCAUUGACUGAAAAAGACAUGAGAGCCUAUAUUCCAAAUGUGUCAUUUGGAAAUGCAGAUGAAGUAAAUAUGAGGAGAUUUGGUAGCUUUUGGUUCAGAUGGGGUGGUUUGAGUAGUAAUGGUUCAGACUCUCCAGUUUUGAGAACUCUUGUUUUGGUGGCUACUAGGUCACUUUGUGAGGAAGAAGUGCUCUUGAACUACAGGUUGAGCAACGCUAAGAGACGGCCAGCAUGGUAUACUCCUGUGGAUGAAGAAGAGGACCGAAGGAGAUGGAGCUAAAUCAGCAAAGGUUGGGUAUUCAAAGUGAAUUAAGAUCAGUAAAAGCUACUACCUGAUAGUUGUUUCCAACAGUUGCGGCAGUUUCAUGUCUUAACUUAUUUUGCAUACAAGGGUAACUACGAGUGUACUUUACUUUCAUUUUUCUAUUUGUUAAUCUGCUUACCUAGAUAGGUAACUCGGUUAUAGUUUAAAGAAGCGAAGUGCUAGUCUAGGGUCCAGGAUAUUCUAUUCAUGAGUUAGGAUGGCAAAUUUUACUGUUGUCAAGAUUUUGGUUACUUUCUUUUGCAAUCGUUAGGCAAAUUCUUGAGCCAUGAAUAAGCAGAGGAGAAAUUCUACCUCAGAUUUUUAGACAUUGCAAGUUUGCAACAAUUAUAGAAGAAUGACUUUUGGGGAUAAUUAUUUAUUAUUUGUGAGAAAUGGUAUCAUGCCAAGUGACCAUCCUUUUGUGAAAGCUAACUUCUGUUGUGGACCUGUGUUGCUGCUUUCAGGAUCUAAGC